CUCCAUCCCGCGCCGCCCGGCUAGUCUGCCGAGCGGGGGACGGAGGUGGCUCGGGACGCCGAUCCCGGCCCCGGGAGAUGGCUCGCUCAGAUUAAAGUUCCCGAGGGCAGCAAUUGCAUCAGAAUCUACUGCACUCUUCCAGGCGCUUACUUAAUACAGUGCUCUGCACAGAGGAAGCGCUCAAUAAGUGCUACCGAUUGGCUCUUAGUGAUUGGCUUGGAUACCCAGUGGAGUAUCUGGAGAAGAAUUCUUCUGUGAGCCUGAACUUGUAGCCACCUAGUAGAGGAGCCCUGCAUAUGUGAUCCUGAACGAGCAGGGUCUGAGACUGAGGGAAGCCUACUCCCCCUGAAGAGACCGGAGAGGGGAUCAGGACCUGUGCCAUCAGCACGAGGAUACCCACCGCUUUCAGGAGGAAAAAUGGAACACCUACCAGAUGUCUCUUCUCUUGCAAAUAAACUCCACAAUACUCUCAUCCAGUACCAUAACAUUGAAGAGGACAAGUGGCGACUUGUGAAGAAAACGAAAGAUGUAACAAUCUGGCGGAAACCAUCGGAGGAAUUCAACGGCUGGCUGUACAAAGCUCAGGGUGUUGUGGAGAAUGUUGCCAACAGGGUAAUUGAUCACAUUUGCCCAGGGCCCUGUCGUCUGGAUUGGGAUAGUCUAAUGACCACCAUGGAUAUCAUUGAGCAGUUUGAAGAGAAUUGCUGUGUGAUGCGUUACACCACUGCUGGCCAGCUGUGGAAUAUUAUUGCACCAAGAGAGUUUGUUGAUUUCUCCUACACCACCCAAUAUCAAGAGGGGCUCUUAUCCUGCGGUGUGAGUCUUAUCUACGGCGAGACGAGGCCCAACUUCAUCCGUGGCCACAAUCAUCCCUGCGGCUGGUUCUGUGUGCCCCUUCCAGGCAAUCCGAAGCACAGUCUCUUGACGGGCUACAUCCAGACUGAUCUGCGAGGGCUGCUUCCUCAGUCUGCAGUCGAUACUGCCAUGGCUAGUACGCUGGCCAAUUUUUACAGCGACCUCAGGAAAGCACUGAAGGCUUGACCGGAACUGGCCUAGCCAUGCUGUCCUGCAUCUCCCCCUGCUCCAUCCUCUCCCGUACAUGCACGCACCUGUAGGCUUCACAUAUUCUCUCCCCCGCCCCUCUUCCUGUAUUGCCUUCUACAGCUCAGAGAAGGGCAGACGGUUUGGUUCAUAGUCUACUUGUCUCCUUGACUCCCAGUGCUCACAGUUGGCCAUGGUCGGGGUCUGGAGAGAGAAGUGUGGAGAGAGCAGAGAGCUUUUAAACCUGUGCUUAAAUAGUACCAAGCUACGAAUGUACCGACACACCACCAGCCCGAGGUAUUUACUCUCCUGCAAGGACUAAUAGGCCCCGGUUUCCACGUAACUCUCUUCUGCUGCUUGGGUGAUGUUGAAAGCACAAACUUCCUUUGACUUCCAAAGAAACCUUUCAUUCUCUAGAAAUAUUUAUUUUACACAAAUCUAGGUGUUUUUUUUAAUCAUUUGUGAUUUAGACUAUUUUUAAAAUUUGUAUAUUUUUAUUCGUUUUAAAAUUUUCUAUGCCCUUUUUGCCAUUUUCAACCACUUGCUUACCAUGAUAGGAUCCUGGAUUAGCAAAUCACGGUUAAGAUGUGUGGUGAUGUAGCGGAAGCAGGCAAAGAGAAAGCGUGCGUCUUGCACCUGCCAUUGCAUUCCCUGGGAGCUGGGCGGCCCAUCCUGGUUGAAGUGGGCUGGAAAAGCAGCAUGGCUUAGUGGAAAGAGCAUUAGCCUGGGAGUCAGAGGACCUGGCUUUCAAUCCCAGAUC